CCUCCUGGGUCUGAGCACCUGCCUUUCCCCACCUGGACCCCCUUCCUUUCAAGCUAUGAGCACCUUUCUCUGCACCCCCCAACUCCAUGGUCAGUGUCAAGGCCAUGCUCCAGGUUCCCGAGCCUGCCCUCCUGAGGCCAGAUACUGGGCCCACAGCUGGAGCUGGUGUCCUGAGCCCCAGAUCCAGAGCCCGGGUCCACUGGUCCAGUCCAGAGGCAGGGGUCUCGGCCAGAGCCCCCCAGUUCCCGUUAAGGCUCAUUUCCUCCUGGCAGCCCCACCCCUUCUGGUGACCUACAGCCCCGAGUGGCAGGGACUGAGCCACUCACUGGGGGGACAGGUCCGACAGCAUUCCGCCUCCGAGGAUAAAACCAGGGGUGACCUGCAGGGAACUCUGAACACUCCUGUGGCCGGCACGGCACAGCUCGCCAGGCCGUGGCCCCACCCCCACUGGACAUGCUUGUGUCCAGAACCCCCCCAGCCCUGGGUGGGGGCUGCCUCAGGAUUUUAACCUCCCUGCUGCUUCUGGCUUCUACCGACACCCUCAAUGCUGCCAAGACACCUGCGCUCCCACCCUGCGGGAAGCCGCAGCAGCUGAACCGGAUUGUGGGUGGUGAGGACAGCGCCGACGCCGAGUGGCCCUGGAUUGUGAGCAUCCAGAAGAACGGGACCCACCACUGUGCGGGCUCCCUCCUCACCAGGCGCUGGGUGGUCACCGCCGCCCACUGCUUCAUAGGCAAACCGGAGAACUUCCCAGGCCUGACUCUCUCUUCCCUGCUCCCAGUGCCCCUGCCCCACCCUCAGACCCUACAGAAGCUGAAGGUUCCCAUCAUCGACUCGGAAAUCUGCGGUCGCCUGUACUGGCGGGGAGCUGGGCAGGAAGCCAUUACCGAGGACAUGUUGUGCGCAGGCUACCUGGAGGGGCAGCGUGAUGCCUGUCUGGGCGACUCCGGAGGCCCCCUCAUGUGCCAGGUGGAGGGCGCCUGGCUGCUGGCCGGCAUCAUCAGCUGGGGCGAGGGCUGUGCGGAGCGCAACCGGCCCGGCGUCUACAUCAGCCUGGACGCCCACCGCUCCUGGGUGCAGAGGAUCGUGCAAGGGGUGCAGCUCCGCGGACACUCCUACGGGAGCGGGAGCGGGAGCGAGCCGUCGGGGUUAAGAAUCCUCCGGGGACGCCGGGCGGCCCGGGGCGGCCCCGCGGCCUGAUCACGUGGUUUCCUCCGCUGUAAAUAAGCCGUCUACCUCUCCUGGGCGCCAGGUCUCCGCCGGGAGACCCCGCCCUCGCCCCGCCCCCGGGCUCAGGCUCCACCCCUGGGGCCGGGAGCGCCUUUGUGUAUAUAUGUUAAUGAUUUUUACAGUUAUUUGUAAUCUCGCCCGCAUAUUUUAUUUAUUCCCCCAAUUUCAAUAAAUUAUUUAUUCCCCA